AUGAAGGACGACAUUGGCAUCCUCUCUAUCUCGCUCGGCAGUGGUUCCAUGCUUCUCGACCAGGAUCCCAUUGACAUCGGUUCAUUCGCGGCAGCCAGUAAGGGGAUCUUCAUCAGUUUCUCUGGCAGAAACUUUAGACCUAACAACUUCACCCUCAACAACGAGGCAUCGUGGAUGCUCACCAUGGCGACAAACAAUGUCGAUCGAAGCUUUAGGGCUUCCGUGAAGCUUCGCAGUGGGAAGGUAAUCCUCGGACUUGACCAGCCUAGCAACUUUCUUGAAAGCUCUCUUCCCCUAUACAACUCCACUGAGUUGCUGACCUGCAACAUGGAUCCUCUCGAUGAUAGCCACAGGAGUAGCAUCUGGGUUUGCGAGGCCGACGGCAGGCGUGAUGUGGUGGCGCCAGUCAAGUCCCAUGGUGCCAAGGCGUUGAUCUUCAUUUCCUUGAAGAAAGUGGGAGCCACCAACAUACUGAGCAAGAUGGACUUUCCAGGAGUAGUGCUUGCCAACAAAGAAGGCUCCGACCUCAUAUCAUAUUUGAUCUCUGGUUCUAACCCCUCCGCGUCGAUCAUCUUCAACGGGACGGUUCUUGGCGUAUCCUCCGUCCCCGCCAUGGCUUGGUUAUUCUCCCGAGGAUCGUCUCAGGCAACGUCGGGAUAG